GCAGCGCUUUCCCCUGCGCUGGCAGCGGCAUGGCCCGGGGGGCCCCUCUGCUCCUCCUGCUCCUCGGGCUCCUCUGCCCCCUGCCCGUGGCCCUGGCCUCCGGAGGCGUGUGGCAGUGGCCCCACUUGUCCUGCGUCCAGGAGGGGGGCUCGGUCAGCAUCUCCUGCAGCUGCCCGUCCCUGCUGGGCCUCCACCUCAAGCAGAGGUGGGCCGUCGAGAGCUACGCUGUCUACUACGAGGACGGGCAGGAGCCCACCGUGGACAGGCGGCUCUCAGGCCGCGUCUCCUUCACGGGGUCCAUGAACAACCUGACCAUCACCUUGCACCGUCUGCAGCGGGCCGACAGUGGCCUCUACGCCUGCGAGGCCAUCACCAAGGGCAAGAAGCUCCAGGGCCCCGGGACCCUGCUCAUGGUGACAGAAGCGAGCAUGCACCAGGACAGCUGGCUGGCAAACCACCUCCUUCCUGUGGCACUGGCUGUGGGCUUCUUUCUUCUCGGUCUGGGGCUGGGGACCAUGUGUGUGCUGAAGAAGUCACGGAUCAAGAAUGUCUGUGGCGCCAGGAGCAAGCCUGCCCUGCGGGACAUCUACGAGGACAUGUCCUACAGCCACCGCUGCAACACGCUGUCCAGCCCCAACCACUACCAGUGAGCCCUUGGGACCCCCGGCCCUGCCCUGAGGAGUCAGGCCCCAGUGGGCAGCCUCCUC